AUGCUGAGGACAGUCAUGUGCACGGUGCUGUUCCUGGGAGCCCUGGCUGAGGAGCCCCAAGGCCACAUCUCCGUGAUCCUGCUGGGGGCCACGGGGGACUUGGCCAAGAAGUACUUGUGGCAGGGCCUGUUCCAGCUCUACCGGGACCACGUGAGCAGCGGCCACAGCUUC